GAGCGCAUUGCCCGCCUAAAGACCGUUCUGCAGGGCCUAGGGCAACCUAAUGGCAAAGCAGAGGACGGCGACACGAGUAUGACGGGUUGAGCAAACAUGGAAACGACGUUAAUUGAUUGCACAUAGGCAGUGCGCCCGAUAUGAUGGACUCUCUGCUGCUUGCCCUGUCCGCGCGUGCUUCAUAGUACGCCUCGAUAGCGUAAAUCUAGGAAAGGUGACAGACGUGCGGAUGCACAUUGCUCGACGCAAUCCUGUUAGUACUCGGUCCAUCGAUGAAGUCAUCCAUAUCUGGCAAGGAUAUCUGUCUGGAAGGAUAUAUAAGCUCCUUGACAGAGGAUCAACCACAAGCCCCAUGGGCUACAGUCACACAAGAAUACCAAGCGUAGAACGAUUCAACAAAGUCGUUCCUGACGACAUUAAUGAUCAAACAGGUUCGGAUCUUGCAAGAUUACGAACAACUUGGAUUCAAUACCUUCGUUAUUCUCGUAGGCGGCGAGGUUGUUUCCUGGCAAAGCCAGGAAAUGAGCCAGGGUGGAGUAUAAUAUCGAUUCAUUUGAACUGCAACAAUUCUUCUCAGAUAAGCAAACCCACCUCCGCAUUCAGCCGUCUCGAUCAUCGUCUCAAUGCAAUACUUGUAGAGCAGCUUCAACGCUUCAUAAUACUCAAAUGCAUAAAACACCAUACCACUAUAUCCGAAAAUGCUCGUCUGUAUCCUCGUCCGAUGAAUAGGCCCCAACUAGAAUAAGCAGGUAUCCUCCGUCAUGAAUGCACCAUCUAUAGCGAAUCUUCCACGCAUCACAUGAGAUUCUUUACCAGUUCCUGGACUCUCUCUAGUGUUUUGGCAGGCCCGUCGCCAAUCCAUUGGGGCAGUAACUCGAGUAGCUUGACCUCGAUAUCCCAGGACUGGCCUCCCUCCACCCACAGCACUUUCCGAUUAGAAGAAGCAUCGCA